CUCUUACUGGAAAUGAUAUGUUUUUAAACGAUUAUUAUUUGUUAAAUUAAAUUAAAUGUUUAUAGCGCGUUUAUCUGGGAUAACCCAACUGACAUUGUUUGCAUAUAUAGCGAUUGUUCAUCGCUAGUUAAUUCAGUCGGUUGUGUGGGAAAGUAGAAGACAGAAGAAUUAAAUAGCAAUAAUUAUAAAACAGAUCACGAUGAAGCGGGCAAUCAUUUUAGCAUUUGCUAUAACCACAGCACUAGCAGCAAUAUCAGACGCACAAAGUCCAAUUGAACAAUUAGCAUUUGCAAACCAAAAAUUAACGUCAAAUGUGUACAAAGAAAUUCUUAAAACUAAGAAUGGAAGUAUUAUUUUCAGUCCUUUUUCUGCUGAAACCGUAUUAGCGCUGACCUCUGAAGGAGCAAAAGGUGACACUAGAAGUGAACUUUUAUCUGUACUACACCUUCCAGAAUCACACGAAACUAUCCAACAAGGAUUUAGGGAACUUUUACCACAACUUAAAAUCAACAAUAGGGUCGCAGUAUUAGCUUCAGCUAAUAAAAUAUAUGUAGCCAAAGGUGUCAAGCUAGAAGAUGAUUUUAAAAAGACCGCUGAAAGCAUUUACGCAUCAGGGCUUGACCAAGUAGACUUUUUAGACAGUGCAAAAGCCGCUAACAUAAUUAACCAGUGGGUGGAAAGCCAAACAAACAAAAAAAUUAAAAAUAUAAUUAAACCUGAGCAUAUUACCGGCGACACCAAAAUGGCUUUAAUUAAUGCUUUAUAUCUAAGCGCUGAAUGGUCUGCUGUUUUUCCAUAUUAUAACACUGUAAUAGAUAAGUUCUACAAAACAGCAUCCGAACAAAUAGAUCAACAAACAAUGGCAAUAACUGAAGUAUUUAAACAUUCUGAAAAUAAAGAACUCGAUACACAAUUUUUGGAAAUUCCGUUCCAAAGUAAUGGCCUUACGUUUAGUGUUGCUUUACCUAAUAAAAAGGAUGGUAUAUCUGCUUUAGAAAAUAACAUUGAAAAAGUAUUUGAACCUCAACCAUAUACUGAAGUGUCUGUAUAUUUAAGGCUACCAAAGUUUACCGUUGAAACCGAGUUGAAUUUGAAAACCAUUCUUCAAUCUUUAGGUGUACGAAAAAUAUUUAAAUUUGACGCUGAUCUUAGUGGAUUGGCAAAGAACGCCAAAGAGUUAUAUGUUUCGGAGGUAAUUCAAAAAGCUUUCAUCAAAGUUGCUGAAAGUGGCGUCGAAGCAGCUGCUGUCACUGCUCUUUUACAGGAUAAGAUUUUUGGAGGUUACUUUCCUCGAGAUUCAAUUAAGUUUUUCGCCGACCAUCCUUUCAUAUACUUUAUUAAAUAUAAUAGCGUUAUAUUAUUUGCUGGAAAAUACAGUCCUUAGGAUUAUCGUCAUGACACUACAAUUUUAUGGAUAGUUCCUAUAAUUAUCUUUAUGUGUUAUUUAUAUACUCUUUUUUUAUAUCUCUACAAUUAUGUGUUAUUUAUUAUAUAAAAUAUGUAUGUAUUAUUCUGAUAAAUAUAAUAAACUCAUUU